UUUGAUGACGUCCUUCCUGUUUCAUCGUAACAACACGUGUGCGGUGUACAGUGUCGAGCUGCAGGGAAUAACAGCAACUAAACCUCAGCUUUCACACACCGUUGUGUUUUCUUUUCAUUUUAUUUUCGGUGUAGGCUUUGCCGACUAAACCGUCAACAUGGUGAAGCCCGGAUUCAAGGGGAAAAGCUCCAUAAACACCUCGACGUCCAGCAGCAACCCUGAUCGAGUCAAAGGGGCUGGAGGCAACAACAUGAGGGACCGAGCCACCAUCAAACGUCUGAAUAUGUACAGGCAGAAGAAAAGAUGUAAUGACCGUGGACAAGUCAUCCGACCUCUAUCGUACCAGUCCACAGUGGCUCCAGGGACUGUGGCCAGAGUGGAACCGAACAUCAAAUGGUUUA